CCAGAGCAAGAGAAUUAAGGGCAUGUUCCUUCAUGUGAUCCCUCGGAACACCGCCAAGUAGCAGAACGUGAUUCCGCUGCCACCAAUAAUGGCGCCGGAAGAGAGAGCGAGCAGAGCAGUUGCCCUUUGCUUUUUGCCUUUUAUAAAUACCGCAACCUCCCUCGGCCCUUCAGUCACCACCAGCAGCGGCUGCUUCGGAAUGGCGCGCUCCUCUUCCUCGCUGCUUCUGGUCGUCUUUGUUCUUUGCUGCUGCUGCUGCUGCUGCUCCUGCGUCCGUGGGUUUCGCUCCCGCCAUGCGCCGGCGAGGCACGACUACCGCGACGCGCUCUCCAAGUCCAUCUUGUUCUUCGAGGGGCAGCGGUCGGGGAGGCUGCCGGCGGGCCAGAGGAUGAGCUGGCGGCGCAACUCCGGCCUCUCCGAUGGCUCCGCCAUGCAUGUCGACUUGGUCGGAGGGUACUACGACGCCGGCGACAACGUCAAGUUUGGCUUCCCCAUGGCGUUCACCGCCACCAUGCUCGCGUGGAGCGUGAUCGAGUUCGGCGGCGUGAUGAAGGGGGAGGUAGCCAACGCCCGAGCCGCCGUUCGCUGGGCCACUGACUACCUCCUCAAAGCCACCGCCGUUCCCAACACCGUUUUUGUUCAGGUUGGAGAUGCGAGCACGGACCACGCUUGCUGGGAGCGGCCGGAGGACAUGGACACGCCGAGGACGGUGUACAAGGUGGACGCGAGCAACCCGGGGUCGGACAUCGCCGCUGAGACGGCGGCCGCGCUCGCAGCCGCCUCGCUGGUCUUCCGCAAAUCCGACCCCGCUUACUCCAAACUCCUCCGAAACAGAGCCAUUAACGUGUUCGAGUUCGCCGACAAGCACAGAGGCGCCUACAGCGACAGGUUGAACCACGUCGUCUGCCCUUUCUACUGCUCUUACUCCGGCUACCAGGACGAGCUUUUAUGGGGAGCGGCAUGGCUUCACAAAGCCACGCGGAAUCCAUCGUACCUGAACUACAUCCAAGUCAACGGUCAAACCCUCGGAGCUGAUGAAUCCGACAACACUUUUGGGUGGGACAACAAGCACGUUGGCGCCAGAAUCCUCCUCUCCAAGGCGUUUCUGAUUCAGAACUUGAAGUCUCUCCAUGAUUACAAAGGUCACGCCGAUAACUUCAUCUGCUCGCUCGUGCCUGGAACGCCCACCUCGCAAGCUCAAUACACUCCUGGGGGGUUGCUGUUCAAGAUGGGCGACAGUAACUUGCAGUACGUGACGUCGACUUCUUUCCUCCUGCUCGCCUACGCCAAGUACCUCACCUACUCCUCCAAAGUGGUGCUCUGCGGCGGCGCCACCGUCACCCCCAAGAAGCUCCGGUCGAUCGCCAAGCGGCAGGUCGACUACAUCCUCGGCGACAACCCGGCGCGGAUGUCCUACAUGGUGGGCUACGGCGCGAGGUACCCGAAGAAGGUGCAUCACCGAGGGUCGUCUUUGCCGUCGGUGGUCAGCCACCCGGCGAAGAUCUCCUGCUCUGCCGGCUUCACGGGCUUGUACUCCCCUGCCGCGAACCCGAACACGCUCACCGGAGCGGUCGUGGGCGGGCCGGACUCGUCGGACCGGUUUCCCGACGACCGGAACGACUACGAGCAGUCUGAGCCUGCGACGUACAUCAACGCCCCGCUCGUCGGAGCGCUCGCGUACCUCGCCCACUCCGCCGGCCAACUCUAGCAGCAGUAAAAAUCUGAGGGAGAGACAUGAAGGACCCCGGUGCAGCAAAGGAGGUCAUCGGAGGGUUUGCUGUCUCUCGUCGUCUGUGUUUUAUCCGUAGCUGUGAUCUUUGCUUUUGUCUGUGUUCUUGUUGCUUGCAAUGGUGAUCUGGAAGAUGAUGAACCUGCUCUGCUUUGUUAAUGGUAUCAAAGCUUGGCGGAGUUUGUCUUGUUCUUCUAAUUGAUGGCUGUGGUUGUUGGAUUUUAUCGGGGAAGUUAAGGAAUCAUAGCAAGGACAAGAAUCUAGUUAAAA